UGGGAGUGACGGUUGGAGCUGUCCUCCCUCGCCGCCUGAUCCCAGUGGCCGGGGAUUAUUUAAUGUUCCCUUUCCCUUCAGAGCCCAGCAGGGACCCACAACCCCUGGAGCGAGAGACACUGAGACCCCGUCUCUCCCGGCCCGGGAGGCAGCUGCUCUUGGAGGGGUCUUUGGCCACCCCCAGGGGUCAUUGACCACCCCCAGGGGUCAUCCACCCUCCCCAGGGGUCACUGACCAUCCUCAGGGUUCACUGACCCUCCCCUGGGGGUCAUUGGCUAUCCCCAGGGGUCAUCCACCCUCCCCAGGGGUCAUUGACCCUCCCCCAGGUGUCACUGACCCUCCCCUGGUGGUCAUUGGCCAUCCCCUGGGGGUCAUUGGCCAUCCCCAGUGGUCAUCCACCCUCCCCAGUGGUCAUCCACCCUCCCCAGUGGUCAUUGACCCACCUCAGUGGUCAUCAACCAACCCCAGCGGUCAUCCACCCUCCCCAGGGGUCAUUGACCCCCCUCCAGGCGUCACUGACCCUCCCCUGAAGGUUAUUGGUCAUCCCCAGUGGUCAUCGACCACCCCCAGGCGUCAUCCACCCUCCCCAGUGGUCAUUGACCCACCCCAGUGGUCAUUGACCAACCCCAGCGGUCAUCCUCCCUCCCCAGGGGUCAUUGACCCUCCUCCAGGCGUCACUGACCCUCCCCUGAAGGUCAUUGGCCAUCCCCAGUGGUCACUGACCCUCCCCUGAGGGUCAUUGGCCAUCCCCAGCGGUCAUCGACCACCCCCAGGGGUAGUCCACCCUCCCCAGGGGUCAUUGACCCUCCCCUGAGGGUCAUUGGCCAUCCCCAGUGGUCACUGACCCUCCCCUGAAGGUCAUUGGCCAUCCCCAGUGGUCAUCAACCACCCCCAGGGGUCGUCCACCCUUCCCUCGGGUGUCACUGACCCUCCCCUGGGUGACACUGACCCUACCCUGGGGGGGGGUCACUGGCCAUCCCCAGGGGUCAUUAACCACACUCAAGGAUCAUUGACCAUCGUCUAGGGGAACAUUCACCCUCCCUCAGGAAGUCAUUGACCAUCCUGCAAGGGUCAUUGACCCUCCCCAAGAGUCACUGUCCAUCCUUAGACGUCACUGGCCCUCCCUAGGGUCACUGACCAUUCCCCGGGUUGUGGGGGAGAGUCACUGACUGGCCGAGGAACCUUAGCCAUCAUCUAUCUUGACCACGGUCACCCCUUCGGGAAGGGGCGGUACUCUCCCAGGCCCCGGCCACACGCCACUAACCCCGGCAACUCGAGCCACAGUGCAGGAUGAUGAACUACCACGUCCUCGAUAUGAUUGGCGAAGGCUCCUUCGGACGGGUCUACAAGGGCCGCAAAAGAUUCAGCGGCCAGGUGGUGGCCCUGAAGUUUAUCCCGAAGACUGGACGCUCGGAGAAGGAGCUGACCAACCUGCGCCGGGAGAUUGAGAUCAUGCGGGGGCUGCAGCAUCCCAACAUCGUGCAGAUGCUCGACAGCCUGGAGACCGACAAGGAGGUGGUGGUUGUGACAGAGUUUGCUGAGGGGGAACUGUUCCAGAUAUUGGAGGACGAUGGAAGUCUGCCCGAGGAGCAGGUACUGUAUAUCUCUCUCCCCCCGGCGAAAGGACAGUGUAUCUAA